UGGUAGGGCCGUAACUACUGAUUUAAUGAUCACUUCUUUUUUUCCUUUAUUGAAAAACUUAAAGGUCACCCAUCUAUAUUAUUAAAAGAAAAGUACCCACUAACAGCACUACACAGACUGAGACUAUCAAAGGGGAAACUCAUAUGAUAAUUGGCAACUAUAGAAGAUGGGUUCUCAUCAGGAUUUUGCGGCUUAGGUGUAGAGAAGUAGAACAUUACAUCAUUCUUAUCUUGUUUUCGACAAGCAAACAAGACCUAUGGCCGAGCCAAAGAACUGGCCAAGAACGAGUCCGUGAAGUCUGGAUGGACACGUAUAGAGGCCAAGAGCUCUGAUACACAACGACAUCUGGCUAUAGAGUUCAGAGGCAACCUCAACAAUAUCUCGAUGAUGAGAUCUAUAGGGAUCGGCAAUGAGUAUCUUGAGUGGCGUCGAAGGAUUGUUUGAGGGUUCUCCGAGACGUCGUUGUACCGUGGUGAUUUCAUAGCUAAACCCUAGAUAGUUUCGAAGUCGGUUUACGUUUCAUCUUCUUCUUCUUAUAAAUAAAACAAUUAUGGCGAAAUUGCAGAAAGACCCAUAUUCCAACUAUGUAAUAUUAGAAAGUACAACAAUAAACAGUUUUAACCCGGCAGAAAAGCAAAUUACCAAACCAGAUUUCUACAAAAACAAAAUGUUAAACCGGCAUAAAACAAAUAACCAAACCAAAUUUCUUGGUUAAACGAGAUCCAACAUUUUUAUAUAACAAAGUCAACGCCUUUUUUACUUCUUUUCACUCGCGCUUUUAUUUUCUCUCGUCUCUCGUCUCUCUUCUCUCUUUCUUGAUUUUCUUGGAGAAAAAGCUAUCGAUUCCAUCUCUCUCUCUACUGCUAAACAUGGAAGGAGACACAUCAGAGACUCCAUGGGGUAAAGUACCAAGAAGAGAGAGAAGCAUGCUAAAAAGGAAGGCGAGAGUUCACGACGACGGCCAAGGCAACGUUGCGGAGGAGACGACGGAAACGACGACGACACCUGAAUGGGUUGUGAAGCUGAUGAAGAAAUAUGAAGGCUAUGAUGCAAAUCAGAUUAUGGAGGUGAAAGAACUCAAAGCUACUGAUCUAGACACCAAUCAAGGUCGACUCUCACUCCCUAAACAUGUCGAUAGAAUCUUCUUGAGCAUUGGCGAACUAGGAACCCUAGCUACAGCUCCCAAGAAAGGCGUGAGCUCUCUCUUUAUUGAUACUAACGGAGAAGAGUAUGAUCUUGAGUUGAGAGACUGGGCAAAUGGAUUGGUGUUAACCAAGGGAUGGGAUAACGUGAUUAAGAAGGACGUGUUUGAGAUUGGUGAAAAAUACCCUCUUUGGUGUUUCCGCUCAAGAAACGAUAAGCUUUGUUUCACUCUGGUUAAACCUGACGAAGAAGUCCUUCCCAAUAAUGAUGCGAAGCUAAGUGAUACAGAGGAAGAAGAAGUUGCAAGCAAAAACGAGGCUGAAUCUUCUUCAUUCAACCAUCCAGCUGAUGGUCACAGCUCUCUUCCUGGCCAUGGCCAAGUUAUGAAUGCAUCUAAGGACUGUGACGUUCCCAGCGGAGCAGAGUGCAGCGAUCUUGCUGUCAACGAACCAGAGUCCGAAAGCUUUCAAGACGUCCUUCCCAACGUCGACAACAAAGAUGCGAAGCUAAGUGAUACAGAAGACCAAGUUGCAAACAAAAAUGAUACUGAAUCUUCUUUCUUUGGCCAUGACCAUCCACCUGAGUCUCCCGCUGGUGUCAGCUCUCUUCCUGGCGAAGAUAUGGAUUUAUCUUAUCUGGACGGUGAUGGCUAUCUUCCCACCGAAGCAGAAGUCGACAGCUUUCAUCUCUUUCCGUGACGAUUCUGCCUGAUUCUGAUAUGAUUUUGUCAAGAUCAGUACGUGAUACUUUGAUUGCUGAUAGGUUUAGCAGCUGUUGCUUCCUUCUUUAUUUUGGUGUGAGAGUGAACAUAUUACCACGCAAAAUGUAAAGUUCUUUUUCUUUUGGUUAUGUUUGUGUAGACAUUUUCUUAGACUCUGUGGAUUCUACAAGAUAUGUUAAGAGUUGCAGAUGCCAUGUUCA